AUGGCCGUGAUGGUUCUAGCGCCCCUCUCCCGGGCGUCCGUCGCCACUGUCUUCGCCGUCUUCGCCGCGCUCGCUACCAGCCCGGCUACCGUCUCGGCUCAAGAGUCCCUCCGUGUCGGCAGGUUCUUCAACCCGCCCAACUCGCUCGGGGGGUCCGAACUCGACUUCUCGAACAACCCAGUGUGGAGAGUCGGCGACGUCGAGACCAUCAAGUUCACCACCACCUACUCCGACUACGACAUCGUCCUCUGGCAGCAGGACCUCAAGGGCGCCUUCGCGACGAUGGGCCCGGCCAUUUUCCAAACGACAUCCGGCGCCGUCACCCAGUUCGACUGGUCGGUGCAAGUCUACGGGUUCGAUCUGAAAUACUCCGACGUCUUUUUCCUAUGGCUAUCGCCGCUCGACGGUGGAGACGGGGACGAGAAGCCCCUCAGCCUCACGACGCGGUACUUCAACAUCACGGAGAAGCCGCCUCCCGCACCCUCGAGCUCCUCGCGCGCGUCGUCGCGUCCAAGCCCCUCUGCGACUACUAAAUCACUCUCCCCGCCUCCGCUGGAAACGUCGUCGCCACCACCCGACCCCUCCCUCACAGCCACCCAGACCACCCCCACGGGGCCGAACAGGAGCACUAGCACGGACACCGUCGGAGACGCCGUCAUCACGGGCCCCGAGCGCGGCGGCACCAGCACGGCGCCCACGUUGGCUCCAACGCAAGAUUCCUCGUCCUCGUCUCCGGCAGCCGGGUUAGACGGCAGCGGCCGCGACGGCGACGACGAUGACAGCGGGCAGCCAAGCGCGCCCGGCCUCGGCCCCGGGGCCCGGGCCGGGCGUUGA